AUUAUUGUCCUGCUGAAUCCGAAUCUUUGUGAAUCUUGUUGAAAUCUUCGUUCGGAGUUCUUGAUUUGUGGUGGCUUUUCUCGGUAUUGGACUGUUUGUUUGUCAAUUCAUUCCCGGGCUCCUUGUGUUCUCUCUUGCUCUGAUUCCAAAAUCCGGGGUUUACGACUUGGUUCUAGGGUUUUGUUGACCAGCUCGAUGAUUUUAGGUUUUCUAUGACGCUCUCUUUACUAAGGCGACGUAUUCGUAUUCUCCACUCGUUUUCGGUUGUGUUCCUGUACUGGUUCUACGUGUUCUCAUGAACUAAUUGCCUCAUUCGUCGUGGUGAAAUUCGAUUGAUCUAUUCUUUUGGUAGCCUGAGUUUGUAGUCGGAAGAUUCAUUUGAUUUUAUCAGGUUAGGAACAGACAAUUAAACUUUUGACUCAGAAAGUUCGAAACUAAUUGGAAGUAUUUUGGCGGGAAGUAUUUGAAAGAGAGAAUUAAAUGGCGUCUAUUCAAAGGGAAGGCAGCUUGGGGUCUAAUGGACGUUCGCAAUCUGGGAUUCCUGAUGAGAGGAAGCGAAAGCGGAUGCAAUCUAACAGAGAAUCUGCUAGGAGAUCUCGGAUGAGGAAGCAGAAGCAAUUGGAGGACCUCGCAAGCGAGGUAGGUCGACUUGAAAUUGCAAAUAAUCAGCUUCUGCAGAGCAUUAGUGCCAAGGAGCAAGCAUUUAUCCAGGUCGACAACAUGAACAAUGUUCUCAGGGCUCAAGCUAUGGAACUGACUGAUCGCCUGCGUUCCCUGAACUCGGUCCUCCAUAUUGUGGAAGAGGUUAGCGGGCUUGCUAUGGAUAUCCCUGAAAUCCCUGAUCCUCUCUUGAAGCCAUGGGAACUUUCUCGGCCAGUUCCGCCCGUCGUAGCUGACAUGUUUCUGUGUUAAUCAGUCCCUCUUCAAGGGCUCAUGGGUGCCACAUUUGCGAGUCUUUUGUUUGUGUAUUCGUGUCAGGUGUUAGGAUUCUGCUCUGGGUUGGUGUUUGUAUGUCAUACUGUCGUGUAAUAGUGUCUAUUGCCUUCUGCAAGUGUGGAUCAUCCAAGAAAAUGUCUCGUGGUACUUUAUGUGUUUUUGGUAAUGGUAAUAAUAUACUGAUACUAUCUGUAUUCGAGGGCUUCUAUCUUUGCUCGAGAUUACUCACCGAGUAAUCGUCGAACGCAAGAAGUUCUUGGAUACUAAUGACAUAGAAUUUGGUCUUAUGUAUUGAAUAUUGUUAAUGCGAAGUACUAGAGUGUUUCCUGUUAAAUUUCCUCCCUGUCAUGUUUAUCUGUUGUAGUUAGAAUUUCAGUUGUAAACGUUGAUUCAAGUCCCAACUCUUACAUAUUCUGUUGGAUUGAGUCCAAUUCUUCUUUAGGUGGUCAAAAAUUUGCCGCCCUACCUUUUGGAUACGAUUGAAUGAAAAAGUCUCAGCCUCAGGUUUGAUUCUGAUUCAUGGUUAUGCCA